GUGUAAUGGAACGUGACAGAUACAACAUGAAGACCUAGCCAGGACAACACUCCUUCGCUAAGCAUGGACAUGACGGGCAAAAAGAUCAAGCAAGCUGUUGAUUUUGAUGAGUGUUUGAAGGACUCGCCGAAAUUCAGGUGAAUCUGGAUCCAUGAAGCACCAUUUCACUCAGCUCUCAAGGGAAUUGACACAGUGUACCUAAAAUGACUGGCUCCAGAAUCAGCCCCCAUCCCUCCACCCCCAUAAAAAGGAAAAAAAGGGGUGCUGCUAUUUAGAUUGCAAAUCGAGCGUGGUGAACAUGAUGUGACGACUUUAGAAGCUGGCUUGGAAAAGGUCAUCAAACAGUGCAAUGCAAUGGUGGAUUCAGGGAAAGCAUUCAUUUCAUCCACAAGCUUAUUACUCAGCAGUAUCCAUGUCCUUACAAAGUACUUUAAUGAAGAUGAGCUUGUCCAGGGACCCCUCAAGAAGUUCAGCCAGACCUUUGAAGAACUGAACAAUUUUUUCAAGACGUUGUUGGACCAGACACAAAUGUCAAUCUCCACGACCCUGCAACAGUUUGUUAAAAAUGAUGUUAAAAGAGUGAAGGAGACAAAAAAGCUCUUUGACAAGAUUAGUGAUGAGCUAGAUAAUGCAUUGAAUAAGCAUGCUCAACUACCCAAGACCUGCAAGCAGCAUGAACUUGAAGAAGACAGAAACAUUCUGACUGCGAUGCAGUCCUGUUUUGAUCAUAUCUCAUUAGACUAUGCCUUUCAGAUCAAUUUAUUGCAAUCAAGAAAAAGAAUUGAAGUGCUUGAUGCACUGUCAAAAUUCAUGCAUUCCCACUUUACGUACUACCACCAAGGCUAUGACUUAAUGAAUGACCUGGAGCGUUACAUGAAGGACAUGAGUCAUCAGCUAAACGACCUGUCCACUCAGUUCAGCUGUGACAAAAAAGGGAUGGAGGAAAGACACACGUUAGUACAACGUAAGGAUUCCUUUGAGAAGAGAUGUGGUAAUCUGGAAAAUCAAGAAAGUCCUGCAGGAGUUGUCAUUGAGGGAUACCUAUACAAAAGAAGUAGCAAUGCAUUCAAAACUUGGCAAAGACGAUAUUUCACUGUUCAAAACAACCAGCUCUUCUAUCAAAAAAGGCAGAAGGAUGAGCAGACUGUACUUGCUGAGGAUCUCAGGUUGUGCAUAGUGAAAACAAAUGAUGAGGUUGAGCGGAGGAAUUGCUUUGAUGUCGUCUCACCAACCAAGUCGUGGACGUUACAGGCCGAUUCAGAUGUUAUACGUGAUGAGUGGAUGCAGACUAUGCAGGCCAGUAUCAACAAGGCCUUUUCUGUGCACAAGGAAGAGCAAGAGAGUGAAGAUGAAUCGUUGAGCUCUUCAAAAAGAAGCAAAAGCAUGGAUUCAGUGGAGAAGAUACCACCGCCUAAAAGCAUUCUUGAGGCAGUGCGAUCGGUACCUGGGAAUGAAGUCUGCGCAGAUUGUAACCAUAAUGAUCCCAAAUGGGCAAGCAUCAAUCUUGGAGUUGUACUGUGUAUAGAGUGCUCAGGGAUUCACAGGAGCCUAGGUGUACACGUAUCUAAAGUGCGGUCCUUGACACUAGAUGCUUGGGAACCCGAGCAUCUUAAGCUGAUGUCUGAGCUAGGGAACAGCCUUAUUAACUCCAUAUAUGAAGCAAAGAUAGCAGGCGACCAUAAAAAGAUAAAUCAUCUAAGCAACAGGAGUGACAGGGAGGCUUGGAUAAAGUCCAAGUACAUCUAUCAUCGGUUCGUCUCGCUCGAUUCAUUUCUACGCACAUCAGACCGACUGAAUACGGGGAUCAUUAGAAACUUAGCUCGUAUGACAGUUUAUCACGAACAGAAAUAUAGCCAAUCAAUGAAUGAAUCAGCUCAAGCGUCCCUUGAAAGAUCAGACUCUAAAGUAUCGAGAAUACUUCAAAUGACUUAUGGACUAAAAAAGCCAUUUAAAGGGGACAAGAAGAGGUAUUCCUCUGCGCUAGAAAUGUCCUCGGGCCCACACAACAGCCUAAGUAGUGACUCGCAUGAACCGAAAUCCAAAUCUAAUAUCUCAACUUUUGACAAGAAGCAGAAGUCCAGACUACGAAAAUUCUCUAAAGGACGUAAAGAUGAUAUUUUAAAAGCGAAAAGACACUUUAAAAAGGGCCAUAAGGUAUCUGAAGGAGCUGAUGCUCAUGAGUCGUACGAGGAUUCGCGAUCAUCAUCUGAGAAUGUGGGAGGUAGAGAAGACUCUGGGCAAGGCCCAGCGGGACCCACUGAUGAACACUUGGCGCACAGUAGCGAGGAGCCAAGUCCUCAGGAGUCAGACCCAGAGAACAAGGUAACAUAUGAGGGGUCUGAAGAGGCGGAUGAUGAGGAAGAAUCACGGACAUGGCCAACUAAGGACAUACCCCAGCAUUCACUUGACAGUGACCACGAACAAGCAGGCCUUACAGUGAGAAGCAGGUCAGAAUCCACAGACUCUGUGCUGAGUGAUGAAGAGGUUGCGCCAUCUGGGUACCUCCCUAGUAAUGGCGGCAAUGAGCAGACCUUCAAGGAUGAUCUGGAAAAGGCGAUUUCCGUCUUGAAAGUCCUUCAUCCAAAUAGGCUACUUUACAAGGCUGCAGAAUGGAACAGUAUCCCACUUAUGGUUGCGGCGUUUGCUGAAGGUGCUAAGGCAAACUGGGUGAAUGAAGAUGAUGACUCCAAGACAGUCCUUCACCAGUCAGUGUUGGGUGGAUCUCUCACCGCCAGUGAGUACCUGCUGCAAAAUGGUGCCAAGAUCAACCUACGCGACUGCCGAGGCCGCAGCGCUCUGCAUCACGCUGCGCUACUGGGACAAACAGGGCAGACCUGUUUAUUUCUUAAACGUGGGGCUAAUCAGCAUGCUGUCGAUGAAAAUGGGGAGGAUCCUCUCACAAUUGCCUUGAAGCAGACAAAUGCGGACAUUGUGACCCUGUUACGCAUCGCACGACUCAAUGAUGAGAUGAGGGAGAGUGAGGAGUUUUCCUAUGGAAGCCCAAGUGAUGUAACAUUCACAGAUGUUUUUAGAGACUUCUCAAACAUGGCAUCUAUGAACCCUGAUCGUCUAAAGAGAGAUUUUGGAGGAGCCAAGCAAACAUCAGAAAAUCCAGAUAGACAGACAGACAUUUAGUGCAAAGGAAUAGAACAUUUAGCAGGCCUUGGUGUAAAGAUUUUUUAAACCAUCAAUUGCCUGGGGCUUGAGGCUCUCUUGGUGAGUGGGGUAAGAAGAAAACUAAAAAAGUCCAGCCCAACCCUUACACACCUCUUUAUACGGAGACCCUUAUCUAAAAAGAAAACAAAAUUAGCUCUCUAAAUGUCAAAACAGUCUUAAAAAAGGAAUACAGAAUUUGCUGAGGUAGUUAAGUGCAAUGUGGCUAUUGUGAAAAAUUGCAAACAAUUUUAAAGCUAAAUUAUUGUACUUUCUUCACAGAAUCAUUAUUUUAUUAUGUAAUUUUUUGUACUACACAUUUUUCGGGACUGAAGCGCCGAAGAUCCAUGUCUUGAUUUGUAAACAGUCAUUGGUCAAAGCUGGAAGUCACAAAAUUGUCACAAAAUCAGCUAAAAAAGCUUUCGAUAAUCCAUGACAUGGUUUGGCAAAUCAUCAUCUAGACUAAGGUUGCAAAUUUUCUUGGGAAUCAGGCGGUUGGGAAUUAUUAUCAAAUUGUUAUACUAUUGAAAUAGUCUAGAGGAAAGUACAAGUACUAAGCCUCAAUAUAGUAUAUAGUUUUACUAAUGUGUAAAGUCCAAAAGAUUCUUUCAAUUCACAACAAUAUUUAUCUUUAUUAAUGUCUCUUAUGAUGUAUCUGUAUUGAACAUACACAAAUUAGAUAUUAUGAAUAGAAUUAUUUCAAUUAGUAUGAAAAUUUACAUGUACAGACAAGAGUAAGAGUGAAGAAUCAGCUUAUUAUUAGCAUGCAAGCUUUUCUGGAGAGUAUCAGUAAAUUGAGGAUGGAUCUGGCAA